AUGAACGAGAAAAUAUUAAAUCCAAGCAGAAAACCACAAAUGAAAGUCGUUGUGAUCGACUUAGGUUCAGAUAGAAUAAAGGUUGGUAUAUCGGGUGAUGAUAUUCCUCGCCAUUUCGUAAAAUCUGUUUUUGGCACAUUAAAAACUUUUGAUAUCAAAGGGCAUAAUAUUGAUUUUUUUGUUGGACAAGAAGCGAUAGAGAAAUCAGAUCCGAAUUCACUCUAUAAUCCAUUCAAGAACGGCUAUAUUACGAAUCCAGAUGAUAUUGAAAGAUUAUUUCACUAUAUCUUCGAAAAAGAAAUACAUAUUAAUCCAGAAAAGAAAUCAGUUAUUAUAUCUACACCAUUAAAUGGUCCUCAAUCACAAAGAAAUAUCAUUGCAGAAAUUUUAUUUGAAAAAUAUAAAAUUGGAUCAUUACACAUAUCCACACCAAAUACUCUUGGUAUGUACACUACUUCGCGAUUUACAGGAACAGUUGUUGACUGUGGAGAAAGUUUUACUGAAAUUGCCUCGAUUUAUGACAUGCUUACAGUACCUCAGGCUUCUAUUGUAUCUGAUAUUGCUGGAUCCACUCUAACUACUCAAUUACAAAAAAUUGUCAAAGAUUCAAAUUAUCUUUUUGCUAGAGCUAACGGAAAAGAGCAUGUCCGUGAAUUAAAAGAGAAAACAUGCUUAGUUCGAAAGAAAAAUGAUGAAACUGAGUUACCUCAAAUUGAUUACUUAAUUAAACCUGAAGUAUCAGUUAAAAUAGGUGAUGAACGUGCAAAAGCAACAGAAGUUUUAUUUUCACCAGAUAAAUUUGGAUUGAAAGGAAGAGGAAUACCAACAUUGAUAUUUGACAGUAUUAUGCGUUGCGAUAUCUCAUUGCGGCAUGAAUUAUUUGGAAAUAUUGUUCUUACUGGUGGUACUACACUUUUGGAAGGAUUCCAGCAAAGAAUUCAAGAAGAAUUACAAGAAAUUUUGGAAUCCGAGCAUAUUAAGAGUCAAGUGAAUGUUGUUGCACUUGCAAAUCGUGAGUAUGCAUCAUGGAUUGGUGGAUCAAUAUUAGGAAGCUUAGAAUCAUAUCCAAAUCUCUUGGCUUAUAAAGAUGAAUAUCUUGAGCUCGGAGCUUCAUUAAUUGCAAGUAGAUUUUAUUAA